AUGUUCUCGCUUGCCGCCACGAGCGGGUCGCCGGCACAGCAGGUGCUGGCGUAUGCGAGGGACGGCGCAGGCACGAACACCGCAUGCUUCGAGGACCGCACCACCGGUAUUUGCUGGGACCUGGCCGCGUGCGCCGUCUCGUCGACGCUCGGCGACGCGCCGUGGCGUUGCGAUGCGGCGCUCGGCAGCCCUGGCGGUGGCAUGUGCGGCGCCGCCGCAGGCGACGACUACAAGAAGCGCCCGGAGUGCUACGUAUGGGGUGCUGCCGUGGAGCCGCCAGCCGGCAGCUGGGACGAGGUGUGGAACGCCAACGGCUCCUUCGUCACGGCCGGUGUGCAGCCGGGCGACGUGCUGCAGUUCGACAACUACACGGCCUCAUGCGGUGUCAGGUUGUGGGAGGGAACGGCCGGGGGGCCGCACACAGCAGUGAUCAUCCUCGUCGGCAACAAGACGCUCGCCGUCUGCCACCAGCACUGGAACGACGAGACCGACGAUAUGUGCGGCUACACCUUCUUCCGAUGGUCCGAGCGCUGCGACGAGCCGUGGAGCUAUCACUACGAUGACCUCAAGAUCUACCGUCCGGGCCCGUCGGCCACCGGCGGUGGUGAGCGGUGCGGCCACUGCCGAGACGUGGUCGACCGCAUCGUUGAGAGUGGUGGCGUUGUGGGCACUUCAUGA